AUGUGGUGGGGAGUUGAGUUACUGAUGUGUAUUUUGUGUUUUUAUGUUGUGUUUUUAUGUUGUAAUCGUCCUGAGACAUGUGGGAACAGGAGUCAACAACUAGAGGCCAAGGGGCUUUUGCCCCCCAAUAGUAUAUUUGAGGGGCCACCACCCCCAGUUGAUAGGCAUUGCCAUUCCAAUGGCCUGCAUGCAUCAUGUGAUUGUGCAAGGCGGGCCUUACCUGGCCCCUCCCACCAAUAUUUUAUUCAAGUCAGCACCAUUGGGUUGAGUGGUAUGCUAAUUAAAUAUAGACAUAAAUCGCCUUCCUUUGCACAUGUUCCAGCUUGUCAAUAUCCUUAUUCAUUAUCAUUUUUAAUAUUUAUGUGCCCUUCAUCUGAAGAUUUCACAACAGAAACAUACAGGAUAAAAGCAUGA